CGUGGUGAUGUCCACUGUAUACUGUCUGAUCAACAAGUUGCCGGUACGCGUGUCGCCCGUACUCGUCGUCUUAGCCUGUGUGUAAUGUUAUUAGACUGUAGGUGCGCUACGUGAGUUGCCCACGUCGUCCGCGUGCCGUACCACAUUUGACGGUUCUCAAAACCAAAAAAAAAAACGCGCCGGCAAAAACCGUUUGAGAGUACCGACUAAAAAAAAAAGGAUACAUCAAAAAGAGAGACCGGAUACAAAGUUCCAUAGCGCGCGGUGAUAUCGAAUCCGCCAAGAUGAUUGCAUUAGUGAGCACAGCCGCUAUCUCGUGUUUUUGCCUGAUUAACUUGGCAGCUGCCAUAUCAGUGCCGACUGGUAAAACGACACCCAUUGAACCUGCGGUGAUAGAGCCCAAGGCGAUCCCAAUGCCCCGCCAAGACUUAACUCCCCCGGCGCCCGUCCACGAGUACUCGGAAGACAAACCGGAACCGCCGCCCUUAGAUCCGUCUUUUGUGCCCAUCCCGUAUAACUUCCUCGAGUACUUGGCUGCCGGGAGAAUUCUAUUGGUACCGAUGAAAAUCAAGUUUCAGAAACCGUAUUCAAAGUACGAGAAGUAUCCGCUCACGGCUGCCAAAUACCAGAAACUAAUGAAAAACGACAACUUGAGGCGGAAGUACUAUGAACCGCUACCGGAACAAAACGCCAUUCCGUACUAUCAAUAAGAGCCCCAUCCGUUUACGUUGAACGCAUCACUCAUCGUAAACCGAACACACGUUUGCCAUGUCUAUUAUAUAAAAAAAAACAAAAAAAUGUAACAUAUUAUUUUUUACUUCUUAAAACAAAUUAUUGUAAUUAUUAUUUUUUUAAUAUUGUUAUGUAGGUAAUGUAAGAAUAUAGGUAUUGUUAGUUAGUAUUA